GGAAGUGGAACAUGGAGGCCAACCGAUGUGCCAGCGCUGCUCUGUGACGAUAAUGUGCUGGGGCUGCUGCGAGCGUUAUAGCAUAAUACCGUGGCUUUAGGCGCGUCAGCUCAAUAUGGCGGAAACAGAGACCGAAGGAGCUGGUGUGAAGCGCGUUGGGUCCAGCAUGGAGAGUCUCCGGCGCAAAAAAUUCAAGCUGUCGGAGCUGCCCAUUUCCACGGCCCAGCGGACUACGAUAGAAAAUCUGUUAUAUUCUUUUAAGAAGAAAGGGGGCUUUGAUGCUGUCCGGAAAGAAGUUUGGGCCAAAUUCAAUGAUAGCGAUGCUAAGAACUCAUUUACAGCGUCGUUAAUUGAAAUGGCCGAGUCGGAAAUCGAACGUGACCCGUCCUUACUAUCCCGCGAGAGAGGGAAGGCUGCUACUCUAAUCUCUGGAGCCGUUGACCGCAGUGACCUACAUUCAGGGAUAGAAGAAACAGUCGACGCCAUAAUAUCCAACCAUAUUGAUGAGAUUCUAGUCUCUUUACGCAAAAUUCGCGCUCAAGAUAUUGGCCAGGAAGCAGCAGAUGCCGAAAUAGCCAAGGGACUUACCACAGAUGCAGAGUACGAGAAGCAGGUUCAAGCUAAGAGAGAUGAGCGUGAGAAAAUUAGACAGAAAGAACUAGAGAUUGAAAGGAAAGCGGAGGAAGAAAGAAAGAAAGCUGAAGCAGAAGAAAAACGGCGGCAACGUGAGUUACGAAAGCAAAGGGAGGAAGAAGACCGGAAACGACGAGAGGAACGAGAGCAAAAGCGGCGGGCGGAAAGGGAAAAGCAGCGCGAGGAAGAUAGGCUGCGAGAAGAACGGCGAGAACGAGAGCGGGAGGAGCGGUAUGAACGAAGAAGGCGAGAGGAGAAAGAACGCUACCGGGAACGAGAACAAGAACGGGAGCGUGACUAUGACAGAGACAGAAGUAGACGAUCAGAUCUCGACCGCGAAAGAGACGGGAGUGGUACACCACGAGAUACAUCCAGAGCGCACAAGACUCCAGCUCCCCCUGUGGAUGAGAAAGCGCUGGAAGAUGCAGCCCUUGAGCUGCUGCUAAAGGAAGGAAAGGAGCUUGCUGCUAAGUCUCGACAAAAGCCGGAGUUCGACUUUGAGCAGGCCGAAGCCCUGGAGAAUGGCCAAGUUUUACAGCCUGCUAAUACCACCACUCGAAGUACUUCUUCCAAGCCAAAAACGGAAUCGGCCCUUCCUUCACAAGACCCUGUCCGAUCAAGGACAGAAGACCGCGAAAGUCGUCGUAGCCAUAGUCGCCGGCGUGACUGCAGCAGGUCCGGAAGCAGAACUAGAGCGAGGAGAUCUUCAAGGCAUGAUGACAGAUAUCGAGAUGCCGACUCAUAUAGGAGAGAGCCAGAAAGGCGGCCUCGUGAUUUUGAUGUAUACCGGCCUGGAGAACGAGACAGACGAGACCGGGACGACCGCUCUGUUCGUGCUAGGUCUCGACGUCGGAGCAGGACUCGGAGCCGGAGUAGAGUUAUAGACGACAUGAAUAAAUACCGGCCUUACGAUCGAGAUAGGGAACGAGAUCGUGACCGUGAUAGGGACAGGGAUCGAGAAAGAGGAAGGGAUAGGGAAAGGGAACGGGACCGGGACCGGGAACGUGAGAGCAGAGGCGAAUAUCGCAGUUAUCGCCCCAGUGCCCGUUCAAGAUCUCGCUCAAGAGCAGCAUCCCAUAGGCCAGCACGAAGAUCCAAGUCCCUGUCUCGGUCAAGAUCUCGAUCAACUACCCAGCGAAGGUACCGGGAAAGGGAACGGUCAAGAUCCCGAAGCCGCCGGGUCAGGUCAACGUCUAGAAACGCUGGAGGUGAUAUUGACCGGUAUGUUCCUCCAACUUCAACGCGGAGUCGGUCACCAAAACGGAGAGCCAGGUCACCAGACAGAGAUAGGGAAAGAGACCGUGAUCGUGAGCGUGACAGGGAUAGAGACCGAGACAGAGAAAGAGAUCGAGAUCGAGACAGAGACAGGGACAGGUCACGAGAUAGAGACAGGGAUAGAGACCGAGAUCGAGAAAGAGAUCGAGAUCGAGACAGAGACAGAGACAAGUCGCGAGAUAGAGACAGGGAGCGUGAUCGGGACAGAGGUCGAGACAGAGAUAGGGAACGUGAGAGGGACAGGGAGAGGGACAGGGAGAGGGACCGCGACCGUGAAAGGGAUAGGGAUAGAGACAGAGACCGACUGCCUGAUAUUGAUCGGUAUAUCCCGGGAGCCGCAGAGAAGGAGCCUCGAGGAGCCAGCGUCGAUAGAGAGGACAGGAGGAGUAGGCGUCGGGACGCAAGUCGUUAA